AUGCCGCCCACAAAGCAGACCGAAACACAAGACUUGGGAGACAUUUCCAAACAGCGGGCUAGCAAAGCUUGCAAUCGUUGUCGAGUCAAGAAAGCAAGAUGUUCUGGAGGGUAUCCAUGUUCGAGAUGCAAGUCUUCGGAUGCUCUGUGCAUUUUUGGAUAUCCCAAGAAAUCCAAAAGAAAAGAAUUUCCUGAACAUUAUGUGCGAACUUUGGAAUUGCAACAAUUCAAGCUUGUGGCUGGGCUGCAGACUAUGUACUUCAUGCUCCUGGCAGCAAACGCAUGGCCUGGCACACGACUUCCCGAAAGUCAAGGCAACCCAUUCAUCCAUGAUAUCUUGAAUCGUCUUGGUCUGCUUGAUCCCGAGAGUGACAGAAGCAUGGAGAUGGAGCUC